AAUUCGGGUUGAACCGGUCUGCUUCAGGCUGUCGGAGAUCCAUCGCAGACGGCGCGGCUCCCUGCGACGGCGCGGCCACUCGCGGGUGGCGACCCUCCACGAGCUCCGGCGCAAUCCGCUCCCGAGUCUCUCUCUCUCUCUCUCUCGCGCGUCGCCGGCAACACCGCCUCUAGUCCACGAGCUUCGACGACGGCGGUCGUGCCGCCACCAGGCCCGCCACGAGCUUCGCUCGGAGACGAGGAGAGGGCCACUGCGAGAGUGUGACAGCCUCUCUCUUUCUCUCUCUCUCUCUCUCUCUCAGUUGAUUCGAGGGAUAUACAUAUAUUGGAUAUAGGAGGGGACUACAUUGGAAGAGUUCAGGUAGAAGGAGAGUGGAAACGCGGUGGAUGAGCAACAAAGUCGGGGGACUGGCUCACGCUCGCGCUCGACAGUUGAGAGAUGAAGUGGAGGGUGGUCUGCAGGAAGCUGUCCGACUACGUCCGCCACGACUUGAAGGAGAUCGCCUUCCCCUCUUCGUUGCCCGACCCUCCUCACAUCAAGAAGCGUCGCAAGCUCACCUGGCACGAGCGAUUUCUCGUGUUAAAGGAGGCAUCUAGGCUUUACGCUGCAAGCUGGGUACGCGAUAUUGGUCCUGAGCUACGACCGAAUGAUUACAAGAAAGAUGAAGAUAGUCAAGACAGUGAAGACAAGCCCAGCGGAGCCAAAAAAGUGGCUAAAGAGAAAGAACCUUCGACUUUAGAGGAUCUCGCUCUGGCUGCAAGAGGGGGAAUGGAAACAUUAAGGCCUGCUUUGCAGCGGGUGUACAUGAUGAGAGCUUCUGCAUAUAGGGAUGCUCUUAAAAGCUUUAUAGAAGGAUAUCAAGAAGGUGUCCAACAGGUGAUGGAAAAGAAAGGAGAUACUACAUCUCAGAAGAUGGGUGAUGCACCUGAAAAGAUGAAUUGAUUGAUCUUGCGAGGAGAUCUAAUUCAGAAAGGGGUGUCCCAUUCUUCCAUGAGUCGGUUGGAGCGCGGGCGAUGAGGUUGACUUUGAGAGCUGAAUAGGGAAGAAAAAGGCCUGACAAGAAGGAAAAUGGAGCACAUGUUUUUCCUUGAAAUGCGACUGUUCUCAGGCAUGCCAUGAUUGAAUGUGUUACUCUGGCCAAUAAUAUGGCCAGAGGAGACUCCGAAUCCGAUUGAUUUGCCAUCACCUCAAAACGAAUUAUUAACCAUCAGCAAUUUAGCAUGUUAGAGGGGACCCCCUUCCACUUGCCUUCAGGCCACUGCGAAGUUGAGGUAGAUCGAUUUGCUCGGGUCAAUGGGUUUCCUUCUCUUGUCCUAAUCUUUGUGGGACCAUCGCAGCUCAUGAUAUUCCUAAGAGAUUCACACAAAUAUGAUUACAAUUGAUGUAUGAAUGGUUGUUGUAUGAAUGAUAUAUUACAGAGUUUAGGCGCUGAGUGCCUUAAUAUC